ACAACCAGAAGGAACACUUUUUAAAAAUGGAGUAUUGUAGAUUUCUGAUGGUGGCCUUUUUGUCGUUGGUGUUCUUCUUUCCUGUUAGCUUUGGUUGGGGAAUUGACGGUCAUUUUACUGUCUGCAAAAUCGCUCAGUCACGGUUGAGCAAAGCAGCAGCAGAUGCAGUACAGGAACUGUUGCCAGAGUUCGCACAGGGAGAUUUAGCAAGCGUUUGCAUUUGGGCAGACAGAGUUAAGUUUCGUUAUCAUUGGUCCUCUCCUCUUCAUUUCAUUGAUACUCCAGAUUCCCUUUGCACUUACCAGUAUGACAGAGACUGCAAAGAUGAAGCUGGAGAGAAAGGACGGUGUGUUGCUGGGGCCAUUAACAACUAUACUUCCCAGCUUCUAACCUACAAUACUCAACCUUCUAACUCUGAAUAUAACCUGACUGAAGCACUGCUUUUUCUUUCACAUUUCAUGGGAGACAUCCAUCAGCCUUUGCACGUGGGCUUCACGGGAGACAGGGGAGGAAACACAAUCGACAUUCAUUGGUACACCAGGAAGCAAAAUCUUCACCAUGUGUGGGAUAGCAACAUAAUCGAAACAGCAGAGGGCAAGUUCUAUGACUUCAGUGUGGAUGGCCUAGUUGAUGCAAUCCAAACGAAUAUAACGAAUGAAUGGGCAGAUCAAGUUGAAGAAUGGGAAAAGUGUGGUUCUGAUGAAGUACCAUGCACAGAAAUAUAUGCAUCAGAAAGUAUUCAGGCAGCCUGUGACUGGGCAUACAAAGGCGUAUCUGAAGGUUCUACACUAGCAGAGCGAUAUUUCGCCUCGCGUGUGCCAGUACUGAACCUACGUUUGGCACAAGGUGGAGUCAGAUUAGCAGCUGCUUUAAAUCGCAUCUUUGGUUCAUAGACAUUCCUCUAGUUUAUACUAUUAAGAAAAGGCCUGCAAGAAAUAGUUAUUCUUCAAGUUAGUGCUGAAAAGUUGUCCUUAAUAAGUCUAUGUAAACUUGUAAAACAAUCAGCGCCAUGAGGUGAAUAAAGUUCUUCCAGGAAUAUCAUUCU